AUGAGUGACAAGGGGAGUGUCAACAUUGCUGAAAACACCGACAAUGCAAAAGUGUCCUUGGCCGAAGGCGCAGGCUUCACUGAAGCCGACACCAAAAGACUGAUACGCAAAAUCGACUGGUCCAUUAUCCCAUUCGUCUCUCUACUCUACCUCCUCUCGUUCCUCGACCGCACCAACAUCGGCAAUGCUCGUCUGGAUACCCUUGAGUUAGACCUCAACAUGUCAGGUAUAAUGUACAACCAUGCACUCGCCAUAUUCUUUCCGUUCUACAUCAUAGCAGAGAUCCCAUCCAACAUGGGUAUGAAGCGGUUCAGGCCCUGGAUAUGGAUCCCCUCUAUGAUGGUCGUAUGGGGUAUUUGCUGCACCCUGAUGGGUAUAGUGCAUAACUACGCUGGUCUGUUGGCUGCGCGAAGCUUCCUUGGUCUAGCAGAGGGUGGCUUGUUCCCGGGAAUUGCCUACUAUAUCACCAUGUGGUACCGUCGUCAUGAGUGCGGCUUUCGAAUGGCGAUUUUCUUCUCUGCUGCGACGGCUGCUGGUGUAUUCGGCGGCUUUCUCGCCCGUGGUAUCAUGGAGAUGCGAGGUCUUGCAGGCCUGGCUGGCUGGCAAUGGAUCUUUAUCAUCGAAGGUCUUCUCACGGUAGCAGUUGCACUGGCCUCAUUCAAGCUAAUGGCAGAUUAUCCCGACCGAGCCAAAUUUAUAACAGACGCAGAGAGGAAACAUAUUCAAGAACGCCUGAUGCUUGAUCGAUCGGGGCUAGCCGAGGAGUUUGAAAUGAAGUACGUCUGGGAUGCGUUCAAAGACUGGAAGAUCUGGGUACACAUGCUUAUCGCAACUGGCACAUUUACUGGAGUGUACUCCUAUUCUCUCUUUCUACCCACCAUCAUUCGCGACCUCGGGUAUUCCAGUACAACUGCCCAGCUUAUGAGUACUCCUCCUUAUUUGGUCGCAUGCUUUGUGUGCGUUGUGGCUGGCUGUGGACUUGGCCUCAUUCUCCUCAUGGCCGUUCGCCAUUCUGGAGUUCGCUACUUUGGCUGCUUCCUCCUUGCCUCGGGCAUAUUCCCAUCUGUUCCCCAAGGCAUUGCCUGGAACAGCAACAACAUCGGUGGAUCACUCAAGCGAGGCGUCGGCAUCGCGAUGAAUGUGAGCUGUGGCAACUUGGGCGGCAUCAUUGCAUCCUAUCUGUUCCUGACCAAGGAUGCCCCAAGAUAUUUCCCAGGCUUUGGUACUCUCUUAGGCUGCCAGGGGAUGGCAUUGAUCUUGUCUAUCUGGAUGGCUAUCUACCUACGUCGUGAGAAUGCUCGCCGGGAUGCUACGCAUAAGGAUCCUAGCUUGUAUACCGAAGACGAAAAGCAUGCUGAGCGGGAGAAAGGUGAUAAUGCAACAUUCUUUCGGUAUACAAUCUAG